AGGCAUGACAGCAUUACACACAAAACGGAAAAUUACAAUGACCACUCAAUGGCGAGCUUUCAAAACGUCAAGGAGGAUUCAUGCUGAAGUUAUGCUUCUUUAUAUAAUAGUGUGCCAGUAUGGGUGCAGUGAGGGGGUGGCAGAGACAGCGACUGGUUCCAACAUCACAGUGAAAGUGGGGGAGAGCAUCACGUUUCCUUUCUCAGCUGAGGGCAACCAAAGCUACACCGCUGACCUACUUUUUAAAACAUUUACAAUCGUUACAUGGAUUCCUCCACAAUUCAUUCAUGUACGAGAACAAUAUAAGGGAAGGGUCAGCAUUGGCAAUCACUCGAUAUGGCUGAACAAUUCAAGACUAUCAGAUUCUGGCCUUUAUCAAGUUAAAACUAAGUACAGAUCUGGAGGUUUUAAGCCACCGGAGUACAAAUACUUUCAUCUGCAGGUUUUUGAGCCCGUCUCUAAACCCAACAUCACAGCUGAGUGCCUGGGGAGUAAUGUCAGUCUGAGCUGCUUCAGCAGUCAGGGGACUGCAGUGACUUACAGCUGGGAAACUCUGCCCCCUUGUGGUAAUGAUAGCAGUGUGCACCUGGGCCAAGCGAUAUACCUCCAGUUACACUCCCUCUCUCCACCCACAACAUACACGUGUACAGCCCAUAACCCUGUCAGCAGAGCCACCAGCGAUUCUGUUGAUCUGGAAAUGUGCUUCCCGCAACGAUCACAAGUUGGAUGGGUUCCAGCCUUGUGUGCCACAUCAGCAUUCCUCGUCUUCGGAGGACUAAUACUGCUGUACAAGAGGAUAAAGCAAACACUACAAAAGUGAAACAAUUCAAGGUAAUGAUCCACACCCUCUGGAACGGCAAGACAUGCUAUGUGGAAUCAGUUUUAUCCUGUUAUUUGAAGUAAUUUGCAUCUUUUGCUGCCCUAAUUAAUAAAAUUCUUAUUUUUAUAGUUGAAGUUGACAAGCCAGUCAUGGAAGAGGAGCCACCGUCUUCAAGGCCUUCUAUUGAUCCAGUAUCUGUCUAUUAUAUGGACCAGAAAAAAGCUAAAUGGUUCACA